GAGGGGCAGUCUCUUUCGAGGCAGUGACUGGCUAGCCGUGUCUAUCUUUACUAGUACAGUGAACACUUCCUGGACGAAAGGCGGAUUCAAAUAUUUAAGAUAUUAUUGAUGACAUGAAAUAAGUUGAACAAGGACAAUUCACGAAACUCUUAACAUUUUGCACUACAGUAUUUCCGAGUUACAGUUAGACAAAGUUAUCACUAGCGAGCUAAUCAUUGAAAUGUGUUGCUAGCUACCAGAGGACAAGACUGAGAGCAAUACUGAAGACGGCUGUUAAAAAAAAAGGAGGACGGAUUUCUGUCGGUCAUCGAUUCACAAAAAUAUAGAUUAGGCAGCAACGUUGAACCCUCGUUAUAAGGUCGCUGGCAGCCAGCUACCUGAAGCUGAGCUAACAAACUAACAGUUGCAUACGGACUUCAUUGCCUUGGCUUAGACUAGUAUGGCUAGGUAUGAUAGCUAGAGCUAGCUAAUGUAAUGUUACCAACCAACCCGAAGGGUGGUCUACGGUCCGUAGCGUUUGAUUAAUAUUUGGGCUUCAAAUGAAAAUGGCUAGCUGUCGAUUGCAAGAUAUCUAGCUAAUGUUUUUCAGCGGCCAAGAAAAAAGGAAUCCAUUCCUCAAGUCUAUUUAACGUAUAGCUAGCUAUUGCUAGCCUAGCACGGUACACCCAAGAAAACCAGGCUGUCAAUACAGCGUCGGAUGAAUUUGUAUUCUGUGCGGAGAGCGAGGAGAAGUGCCGCGCAUCACGCAGGGUGAGGGAAACUGAGGCCGGCCCGAUGCAUUCAGAUCUCAACAGGAAAGAUGACUCAGAAUGACAAAAGGAUUUGCACGAAGCCUGGUGACCACUCCGUCCUUCCUUGAGGGAUCCGGCUCCAUGCUUUCUGGACACACACCAGUCGGGAUGAGAUAAUCCAGCAGCGCAUGCCAGACAAAUUGUGACUCGUCAACUCUGAGUUAAUUUCCACAAUCAAACAUGACCACGCCGGCUCUUUUGCCUCUGUCAGGCCGUCGGAUACCGACCCUUUCGCCGGGCGCCUCCUCCUUUCCACACCACAGGGCAACGUUGAGGCUCUCUGAGAAGUUUAUCUUGCUCCUCAUCCUCAGUGCCUUCAUCACCCUAUGCUUUGGAGCUUUCUUCUUCCUGCCGGACAACUCAAAACACAAGCGCUUUGACUUGGGCUUGGAGGACGUGCUGAUCCCACACAUUGAGGCUCCCAAGGCAGGAAAACACUCUGGAGGACAAGUCAUACAUGGGCAAGGGGGACAUGAUGAACACCGACACAGGGAGGAAGAAGAGAGCCUGCGGGACAAGAUCCGGGCGGACCACGAGCGAGCCCUGCAGGAGGCCAAGGAGAAGCUGCGCAAGACCCGCGAGGAGCUGCAGGCGGAGAUCCAGACGGAGAAGAACAAGGUGGCGGAGGACCUGAAGAAGAAGGACGGGCCCAAACCCCUGCCGCCCGUGCCCAUGCCCAAGGUGGUGGGGGUCAACGACGGAGACCCCGCGGAGCCCGACGUCAAGGAGAAACGAGACAAGAUCCGAGAGAUGAUGAAGCACGCCUGGGACAGCUACAGACAGUACGGAUGGGGCCAUAACGAGCUGAAGCCCCUCGCCAAGAAAGGACAUUCCACUAAUAUCUUCGGUAAUUCGCAGAUGGGGGCUACUAUUGUGGAUGCAUUGGAUACCCUCUACAUGAUGGGCCUGCAUGACGAGUUUAAGGACGGACAGGAAUGGAUUGAGCAGAACUUGGAUUUCAGUGUGAAUGCAGAGGUGUCCGUGUUCGAGGUCAACAUCCGCUUCAUUGGAGGACUUCUGGCUGCCUAUUACCUUUCUGGACAGGAGGUGUUCAAGCUGAAGGCAGUCCAGCUGGCUGAGAAGCUGCUCCCUGCCUUCAACACUCCCACAGGGAUCCCCUGGGCCAUGGUCAACCUCAAGAGUGGAGUGGGUCGUAACUGGGGCUGGGCGUCUGCUGGCAGCAGUAUCCUGGCUGAAUUUGGGACCCUCCAUAUGGAGUUUGUCCACCUGACCUACCUGACUGGAAACCCUGCCUACUACCAGAAGGUGAUGCACAUCCGCAAGCUGCUGGCGAAGAUGGACCGUCCCAACGGGCUGUACCCAAACUACCUGAACCCUCGCACAGGCCGCUGGGGACAACACCACACCUCCGUGGGGGGCCUAGGGGACAGCUUCUAUGAGUACCUACUGAAAGCCUGGCUGAUGUCAGACAAGACCGACACAGAGGCUCGCAAGACCUACGAUGACGCCAUCGAGGCCAUUGAGCGCCACCUGAUCCGGAAGUCCAAUGGCGGCCUGACCUUCAUUGGCGAGUGGAAGAACGGGCACCUGGAGAGAAAAAUGGGCCACCUCACCUGCUUCGCCGGGGGCAUGUUUGCGCUGGGCGCCGACGGCUCCCCAGACGACAAGGCGGGACACUACCUCCAGCUGGGCGCAGAAAUCGCACACACCUGCCACGAGUCCUACGACCGCACCGUGUUGAAGCUUGGCCCUGAGGCGUUCAAGUUUGACAGUGGUCUGGAGGCGGUGGCAGUGCGUCAGAAUGAAAAGUACUACAUCCUGCGUCCAGAGGUCAUCGAGACCUACUGGUACAUGUGGAGGUUCACCCACGACCCCAAGUAUCGGCAGUGGGGCUGGGAGGCAGCACAGGCCAUAGAUAAAUACUGCAGGGUGAGUGGGGGUUUCUCCGGCGUAAAGGACGUAUACUCCUCCAACCCCACCUACGACGACGUCCAACAGAGCUUCUUCCUGGCCGAGACCCUCAAGUACCUGUACCUGCUGUUCUCCACUGAUGAGCUGAUGCCCUUGGAGAGCUGGGUGUUCAACACAGAGGCCCACCCACUGCCCGUCCUCCACAUGGCCAACAUCACCCUCCCUGGCAGUCAGGCACAGCGGUAGAGAUGCCUCCACACCUCCAGGGGCAGCACCUUGGUCUUCCAUCUCUGACUGCUACAGACCGUACUACAUGGAGGGGGGGGGGGGAGGAGGCCCCCUUAACACUGCAGAGUGGAGAGGGCUGCACCUGGAACAGCCUUUAUCACCAUCUCCAACUCUCAUUCUUUCUUUCAUUCUCUGUGUUUUCCUCUCUCCCACUCUGUCUUCAGAGCUAUCUCUCUACGUAUAUCAGGAGGACAGAAUAUGUACUCAGUUCUGUGAUUGGCUGAUAUUUUGAAGCCCUGAAUAUGACUACUUCUUUGUUUAUUGAAGCACUGAGUUCCAAUCAGGAGGCUUGAUUUUCCUUCAUUUUUCUUUAUUUUUUGUUGUUGUUGAAAACUUGACCAAACUAUCUCUCACAUGGACGCAUGUUAUGCGGGGGAGUGCGUGGCGUGUCUAAACAAACACAGUCCAGCACAGGGUUGGGUGCAUCACAGACACAAGGAGGACUUCACAGGGUUUGUUUUCCGCCAUCUGGCCGGUCACACAAAGACAUGGACGGUGUCAGAUGAAGAACCACUCCUCUGUCCUCUACUUACUGUUUACCGUUUCACGUGAACUUUGACCUGGAACUGCUUCUGUGUGGUUUUGUCAGCAGGAGGAACGCCAGCCUCAUGCCCGCCCCCGCCCCCCUCCCCCGCGCCUUUGUAAAAGCUGACGGCCUAUAGCGGACCACCCUGGGACCCCCCCUCCCUCUGAUCUAUGGUUCAGUCGCUCAUCACCUAAGCUGCUCCUCAACACAUGCUGCUUAUGUUUCACCACCCCUUCCAUCAUCCUCCUCCCCUCUUCCCGUUUCUCCCAGUCACGCUCUCUCCUUUAGUUUGGUAUCAUCAUCCUCAUAUAAAUCAGACAGAUGCUGCAGGUGGUCCUGAUGGUGUUGGAGGUUGCCAUAUGUCCCUGUUCUGAAGGGUUUCUGUGGGUUCCAGAACCAUCUAACAUGUAGAAGGGAUCUGUUCCCCUCAUAGUCACUGUGUAUAUGGUGUCCCAACGGUGUCCUAAAUCUCAGUCAGUGGUUUUCACCUUCACUGGCUUGGCAUGGUUUAGGUGUUACCUCAAUAUUCCUUCUACGUGUACAUCCUUCUAGGAAUAUUAUGGUCUAGCUAAGUUGACGUGACAUGGUUAAUGUUAUUUAUAUGCAGCCUGCAUUCCAAUGACCACUUUCAAAUAAGCACUUGAUCUCAAUAACUUGCAUUUUGUGUGUGCGUGGGGGGGGGGGGAAGGGGGGGAAGGAAUGUGUGACAUGUUCUAUUGUCAUUGUGAGUUCUUGGGCCUAUUUGUCCACUAAAUAUUACUGAAGUCCGAAAUGUGUCCAGAGCACACAGACCACCACAGUACAAUGUGAGGACUCCGUGAGAUGAUCAGAGCAAAGGUUGUUCUUAAAGCAUUAUCAGUUUGUGGGUGAAAGGUUGUAACAAUUUGUUUUUGUUUUUAUCAAACAUAUAUUGAUUUAUUUCAAGCCUUAUUAACUGUUGCUAUGUGACGCCUUUGGCCAAUACUGUGCUUUUUUCCAUCUUUUCUAAUUUAAACAGACUCAUGCUUAUUUUCUAAGAGAAAUAUCACCCAGACAUUUAGAUGCUAUUUUAGCAUAAAGGAAAGGUUUCAACGUUCAUGUGUUUGACUAAAUCCUGCCACUCAUCACCUCAGUCUUGAAGCCAUAGGUCUCUAUACUCAUAUCUGGCAGAGUAACUGCAACAUUCACAAUGUUCACAAUGCUGGUCGAAUGGCCCAUGUAGGUGGCCUUGCCUCGUAAGGAGAGGAGGUCAGGCCACUGUGUCUCUUUCACAGUCCACUUCUACAUGAAUAUUAUCUCUGACUGCAAACAAUACCUGCUAUCUCCAGAUGACUCUAUUCUGUUUCCCGUUUUUGUUUACUGUUCUACCAAUCUAGACUCUGGAUGCUCCCUCCAGACCUCCAUCUAGUCUUGCCCAUUCUUGACUCUCCCUCUCCUCCGGACCCUUCUCUAACCCCUGCUCAAUGCUGUUAGUAGUGGCAGCCUGCUGAUGUUGUACAGUAUGAAGUCUGCCCCCCACCAUGCACUCUUAAGAUCACAAAGUCCUGUCUGGGGUCCAAGGCCAAUCGAACCUUGGCGCCACUUGUUGCCGGGCAGAUGUUGAUUUUGAAAACGAAGUGUUCUGUAUUUGUAUUUUUACUGAACAAAAACAAAACCCUGUAAAUAUGUUUAAAACGAGAUACAAAUUCAAUAAAGAUGUUAUGAAAAUUGAACAUAA